AUGUCGACCAGAUCUUCCGCCGCAGUGAACGGCGACAAACCACCGCGUAAGAAGAUGACGAAGCAGUCCCCGGAGAUCUCCAUUUUAUCCCUUCCUUACGAUUUGAUAUUGAAUAUCAUAGCGCGCGUGUCUAGAAUGUACUAUCCAACUCUCUCCCUCGUCUCCAAAAUGCUCCGAUCCGUCGUUGCCUCACCGGAGCUUUACCAGACCCGCUCUCGCUUAAACCUCACCGAGAGUUGCCUCUAUCUGUGCUUACGCUACUAUCGAGACCCCCCUCUUGACCCUAACCCACAUUGGUUCGCUCUCUGCAUGAAACCAAACCGAACCCUCACCGACCGUCUUUUCAUCCCAGUCACGUCUCCCGAUGUGCGCCAUGAGCGAUCUACGGGUCUAACAUCUAAGGAUGUUAGCAUCGUAGCCGCUGGGUCUAACAUCUACAAGAUGGGCGGGUACACGCCCUCUUCUUCUGAAGUCUCGGUGCUUGAUUGUCGGUUCAACACGUGGCACAGUGCUCCGAUGAUGCGAGUGAAGCGGAGCUCCCCUGCCGCGAGCUUAGUUGACGGGAAGAUAUACGUAGCAGGAGGGUGUGAAGAUGUCAACUCCGAGAACUGGGUAGAGGUAUUUGAUCCAAAGACUCAAACGUGGGGAAGUGUGACCAAUCCUGGCGCUGAGAUACGCCCGUCAGGAGCUGAACUCGAGAGCUUUGGAAUUGAAGGAAAAUUGUACCUCUUUGGUCAUAACCGUAAGUAUGGGAUUUACGAUCCCAAGGAAGCUAGAUGGAACCCGAUGAUAGAGUUGGGUAUGGGUAUGGAUAUGGAUGUGGUUAUGGGUAUGGGUAUGGAUAUGUAUGAGGCUAUGGAUAUGGAAAUGGAUAUGAAUGGUGUGGCUUCUGCAGUGUCCUAUUUUCACUGCGUGAUAGGAGACGUCUUGUUUCUUUGGAAUGAAAGAGAGUUUAGAUGGUAUGACUUCAAGGCAAGUUCAUGGAAGAAGUUGAAUGGUGUUGAAGAUUUGCCUGAUUUUGAUGGAGAUUGUAAAAUGGUGGAUGUUGGUGGGAAGAUGGCUGUCUUGUGGAAGGUUUUUGGACGUGGCGAUGGACAUGACGAAGAGAGAUCUAUUUGGUGUGCUGAGAUUGCGCUUGAGAGGCGCGGAGACGACAUGUGGGGGAAGGUGGAGUGGUUUGAUGUCGUGCUCAAAACCCACGAGCAAUGUGGCUUGUUCGAUGCGGAUAUUCUUUCUGCUACUGUUUGAUUGAAAUGACUGCUAGCUGAUGAGAACAUGUGGCUUGAACGGUGAUGGAAGAAUGAAGAAUCAUUCACUAGUGCGGGUAGUUUCGUUUUUGUUUUUGAGUAUUUGCUUUCUUUGAGGUAUCUCCCUGUGGUUGAUA